CGGGAGCCUCAGAGGUUGGAGGGAGGCGGACUGUGAGAGCACACGGAAGCCCGGGGCUUCGUGCUCCCUCCUCACGGGUAGGAGGGCGGCUGCGGCGUCCAGAGCUGGGGCUCCGGCCCAGGGGAGGCUGCUUUCCAAAUCCCAGAGCUCGAAGCUGGUCAUGGCCAGCCGAGGAGACGGCAGGGGACUCCGCUAGCUUCCUGACCUCAUCGCCCGCUGGAGCCGCGCCACGCCUACCGCGGUAGCCAGAGCACGGGAAAGGAAACUCCAGAACGGGUGACCGUCUGGACCCUACGGGGACGGAGGCGGCCUCUUUGCGGCGGUCCGCCCCCUUUUCUUAAAGCGACUCUGACACGGAUCUCCCAAACUUCCUGAAGGGAGGGUGGAGGGUGAGCUCGGCUUCGGAACCGAAAGGAUUAAAGGCAUUUCGCCCUGGCAGAGAAGAAGCAGCCAGGGUCAGAGCCAGGCGGGACGUGAGCCAGGUGAAUAAUCAAGAUGGUACAUGCUGAAGCCUUUUCUCGUCCCUUGAGUCGGAAUGAAGUUGUUGGUUUAAUUUUCCGUUUGACAAUAUUUGGUGCUGUGACGUAUUUUACCAUAAAGUGGAUGGUAGAUGCAAUUGAUCCGACCAGGAAGCAAAAAGUCGAAGCUCAGAAACAGGCCGAAAAACUAAUGAAGCAAAUUGGUGUGAAAAAUGUAAAGCUUUCCGAGUAUGAGAUGAGCAUUGCCGCGCACCUGGUGGACCCUCUUAACAUGCACGUUACUUGGAGUGACAUAGCAGGUCUGGAUGACGUCAUCACAGACCUCAAAGACACCGUCAUCUUGCCUAUCAAGAAGAAGCAUUUGUUUGAAAAUUCCAGGCUUCUCCAGCCUCCAAAAGGAGUUCUUCUCUAUGGGCCUCCAGGCUGCGGUAAGACGCUGAUUGCCAAGGCUACUGCCAAGGAGGCAGGGUGCCGAUUUAUUAACCUUCAGCCUUCCACCCUGACGGAUAAGUGGUACGGAGAGUCUCAGAAGUUGGCUGCUGCCGUGUUCUCCCUUGCUAUCAAGCUCCAGCCUUCUAUCAUCUUUAUCGAUGAAAUAGACUCUUUCCUCCGAAGCCGGUCAAGUUCAGAUCAUGAAGCUACUGCCAUGAUGAAGGCUCAGUUCAUGAGCCUCUGGGACGGGCUGGACACGGACUACAGCUGUCAGGUCAUAGUGAUGGGAGCAACCAACCGUCCUCAGGAUCUUGAUUCAGCUAUUAUGAGAAGAAUGCCGACGAGAUUUCACAUCAACCAACCAGCUUUAAAACAGAGAGAAGCCAUCCUGAAGCUGAUUUUGAAGAAUGAAAAUGUGGACAGGCACGUGGAUCUGCUAGAAGUCGCCAAAGAAACCGAUGGGUUCUCAGGAAGUGAUUUGAAAGAAAUGUGUCGGGAUGCUGCCCUCCUGUGUGUCCGGGAAUAUGUAAAUUCUGCUUCAGAAGAAAGCCACGAUGAAGAUGAAAUUCGGCCAGUGCAACAGCAGGACCUGCAUCGGGCGAUUGAGAAGAUGAAAAAAUCAAAAGAUGCCGCUUUUCAGAAUGUUCUAACCCACGUUUGCUUAGAUUAAGAGUAAAGGCCGUUUGUUUGGAUGGUUCACUGUGCUCUGGUUUGGCCGUGUCCUCUUGUCACUGAGCGCAGGGAGGAGGGGAGGAGGGAGUGGGCUUGAGGCAGUGACAGGUAAUGAUCGGCCUGUGGCAUUGGGCGUAUUGAUCGGAAGUAGUUGUAUGAAUGAUGUGACCUCUUCCCAAGAUCAUGAGGAGUUGUGAGGGAAGGGGUGCUUUUCUUGGGCCCCUCUGGCUCCCAGGGGCAGCCUCUUGGGUCACCAGAAAAGGAGGGGACAGAUUAAGUGCUUGUGCCUGUAUAUAGGUAUGAGAGAGUGUGUGUGUGUGUGUGUGUGUGUGUGUGUGUGUGUGGUGUCACACAUUUUAUAUUGACUUUCUUUGGAGGGAUUUGAAUACAGAACCUUUUUUUUUUAAAAUUCAGCCACUGAAUCAAAUGGCACCAAAUUCUGUAGAGAGGAAUUAAGUUUCAAGUCCUGUCUUCAGGGCACACCAUAUCCAUUGUUUUCCAGUUGAAUUUCUCUAUGGUUAGCUGUUGUUGGUUGAGCCGAGCAUAGUCAACUGUUGGGUGAAAGAAUUCGGCAACCUGAACAACCACGUGUGACCCUGUUAUGCAUUCUUAGGAUGGCCAGAUGUAACCAGCUGCUCUGUGAUCCAUGGACAAGAUGGCAGAUGUGGCCAGCUGGGCCCCUGUGGCUUUGGUGUGGUCAUAGGGAUGCUGCUUUGAAUCCUGGCUUCGCUUAAACAAAGAUGGAUUAGCUAGGUUUUCCCACAUGAGCUUGUUUGAAAUCUUCAGUGCCGUUCAUGUGUGAUUCUUCGGACUUUUUUUUCAUUCGUGCAACAGACAUUUUUCUGUGGUGGGACAAUGAUUGUUUUAAUGGUUUCAAGUUAUGUUUUCCUUGAUUAUGGGCAAAUACAAUUUACCGAAUAGAAUUUACAUGGCUUUGCAUCAGUCUAAAGUAGGGAGAAAUGUAAAAGUACAGGAUGUUAAAUAUUGUGCUGAAAGAUUUCCUUUUGUAACUUUAUUUUUUUUUUUAAAUUUUCUUAGAGCGUUGUUAUAAAUGGUGCGCUUGGGCAAGUGCGGACACACUUAGGAAGAUUUCCAAAUAUCUCUGGAGUCUGCUUUGAUCCUAAGUGGAUUAUUUGUACGGCAAAUUCUCUGUUAUCCAGAAUUCUCUUACGCCCAUUGCACUGACAAUUACUGCAGUCAUGGCCCAGGCCUGAAGCACCUUCCCAAAUAUCCCAGAGUACAUUAUGUCCACUGUUUUCUGCAAAUCAAUGCCCUACAUUCAUGGGUUGUCUGGUCUUUUUCAGUUAACUGGAAUAUUUGAUUAAUUAGAAUACCUCAUGCUGGAUAAGAGAAUUCACUGGGUAUCAGGUUUCAAAGUGUGGAAGAAAAUGAUGGAUCACGAAGCCAGUUGUGAAGAAUUAGCUAUAAACAUGUGACAGAUAAUCUGUCACAUGACACAAAACACCAAAAAUAAGGAAUUUCAUCUCAAGUGGGUGAGCACUGUGCUACACUAUGAUCCUGUAAAUGUGUAAUAAAGGGGUCCCUGAUCACUGAGAUUUUCUCCACCA